AUGUUCAAAUUCGUUGCUGUCUUUGCUGCUUGCUUCGCUGUUGCUGCUGCCGGUGUUGUUCAUCCCACUGCUUUUGCUGCUGCUCCCGUAGCUUAUGCCAAUGCUCCUUUGUAUGCCGCUGGUGGUAGUCAACAAAUUGAUGUUCGUCACAACUACGAUGGCACUUUGUCUUCAUACACCACCACCCCAUUCGGUUACACUUCUCCCAUCUCUAGCCGUUAUGUAGCUGGUGCUCCCGCUGCCCCAGCUGCUUUUGCUGCCCCUGCUGCUUAUGCUGCCGCACCUGCUGCUUUUGCCGCUCCCGCUGCUUAUGCUGCUCCCGCUAAAUUUGUAGGCCCAGCUGGUGUUGCUGCUCCUUAUGCUGUAGCUUCUCCUUAUGCUGCUCCCUACGCUGCUUAUGCUGCUGCCCCUGCUCACUAUGCCGCUCCCUAUGCUGCUGCUCCCGCUCACUAUGCCGCUCCUUAUGCUGCUGGUUUCGCCACCCCUUUCGCUGCUGCUCCCGCUAAAGUAGUUGUUUAAAUUUGACUGCAAAGACAUUUUUAAUUUUAAUUCUUGUUAAUUUUUGUUAUUAUUUUGUUUUAUUAACGAAUAAAUUUUUUAUAAUUUAAUUU